CACUGUGAGGUGGGCCUACAAAAAAAUACCUUGGAAAAAAUGAAAUUUUUUCUCAGAAGAAUUAUAUUCAGCAGGAAUAUAUACCAUUUUUUCAACUCCGCAUUGACAGUUCCUGCAUCCCUGACAGUAGGGCACAGGUCGCUUUACGUGGGUGAACGGGCCUCGCUAAACAAAACAUUCAGUGCCAGAGAUGUCGCACUUUUUGCUGAGCUGACGGGGGACACAAAUCCUCUCCACCUCGACCCCGAAUAUGCCAAAACAACCUCUUUCGAGUCCCCCAUUGUUCACGGAGUGCUGAUUAAUGGUCUGAUCUCAGCAGUUUUGGGGACCAAGCUGCCCGGCAAAGGCUGCGUGUUUCUCUACCAGGAAAUACGCUUUCCGGCACCCCUCUACAUCGGAGAGGAGGUUGUGGCGGAAGCGGAGGUCAAAAAAAUUAAAAUGUCCUUCGCUUUUAUUUCUGUUUCCUGCUCUGUCAAGGAAAAGGUGGUCAUGGAGGGAGAGGUCAUGGUCAUGAUGCCACAAGACGCACAACAAUCAUGAGGAAUCUGAAUGAAUGCUGUUGUUCAGUUUUUUUAUGUGCUCCCAGGAAUUAAAUGGUC